CUCUUCCCCACCCAUAACAAGAGCACGGGAAGGCCGGCUGGACGCAUAUCCCGGGCAUUCUGGUGGUGGCUGAAGGGGUGGGGGAGAUUAAGCCAGUGGAAUAUACAGUAAAAUAAGCAUCCUAUAAAAGCUAGGGACGCAUGCGCAUGGCUGGCGAGCCGCCGUCCCUGGGUGAGGAGCCCACUGCUAACGGAUGUGAUCAAGGCAAAGAUUUCCAUCUGGCUCCCGGGACUGAUGGUGAAAUUCCCAUGGGAUCAGAGCGGAUGGAAAUGCGCAAACGGCAGAUGUCUGUGGCCCAGGAGACACCAAGUUCCACACAGGCACAGCAUGGCAUUGGGAAUCGAGCUUCCAAUGCCUGCUGCUUUUGUUGGUGCUGUUGUUGCAGCUGCUCAUGUCUUACUGUUAGGAAUCAAGAUGAAGAGAGAGCAAGGAGGACAUCCCAUGAACUCAGAGCAGAGAGUAUUCCAAACUGUGAGGAGAGUCCCACUCCUACUCUUGAAGAAGUAAAUGCCUGGGCUCAGUCAUUUGACAAGUUAAUGAUCACUCCAGCGGGCAGAAAUGCUUUCCGGGAGUUCCUCCGAACAGAAUUCAGUGAAGAGAACAUGCUUUUCUGGAUGGCCUGUGAGGAGUUAAAGCAGGAAUCCAACAAGAGUGUCAUAGAAGAAAAAGCAAGGUUAAUCUAUGAAGAUUAUAUUUCUAUCCUUUCUCCAAAAGAGGUCAGCCUGGACUCCAGAGUAAGGGAAGUUAUCAACCGAAAUAUGCUGGAACCAUCACAACAUACUUUUGAUGAUGCACAGCUUCAGAUUUACACCUUAAUGCAUAGAGACUCCUACCCACGGUUUAUGAACUCUGCUAUUUAUAAGGACUUGCUUCAGUCCUUAUCUGAGAAAUCCAUCAAAGCAUAAUAUUUUUUAUUAAUGUAUUUAUUAAAAAAACAGAAAUGGAACUCUGGGCUACAUCAACCAACAGGGAAUUUAGAGUUAAUAGGAUAUCUACCUGAAAAUAAACUCAGGCAUAUUUUAAUAUGGACUGUCAAUGUUUUAACCUGCAGAGGGCUCUGACACCACAACUAACUGCAGCCUCUGAUCAACUUAAGUGACACUUUGCAAAGGAGAAUGUAGAGAUAGUUAGAUGUUUAAAAAGUCAUAUUUUUACAAUAGCAGAAUGUACUUGGACAUGAACUAAUAGGAGAAGUUAAAAUUACCACUCUGGAAAGAAAUAACUCUCCGAUAUAUUUUUUUAAACUGUUAGAUAUGACUGCUCUCACCCUUCCCCCCACCAUUGUGCAGCCACAGUAAAAAUACUUGCGUGUUGAUACCUGGGCGA